AUGUCUCAGUCGGAGGACGUCAUCGUCCUCGGGAGUCAGGGAGCCCAGCUCUCGUCCUCGAGCGACAUCGAUGACGCGCUUCCACGGGUCGUGAACGGCGGUGAGGCGUCAACGUCUACUUCCGAUGAUGUUACGGACGCGAUGGAUCAACGAGGCGACACCGCGGUGGACGUUGCCUUGGCCAAGUUGCCUCUGGCGAUUCGCGCCAGGCUCGUCUCCGCGGCGAGAUCGUCACCGAGAUCUUCGCACCCUGAGCUCAUUGAGGAAUGGGCGGAGACGACUAAGCUUGAGGUGGCGUUAGUUCAGCAAAUUUUUGCCUCCUUCGCGCCGAAAGCUCGCGCUUCAGCCGACGCGGCUCGAGACUCAGUGGCUCGCAUCGCGGCGGAGGACGACACCCAACCGAGCGCGGAGGAAGAGUACGCCCCGGGCGCCGCCGACGUUGAGAUGGACGAUGGUGAUCGUAUGGGGGUGUCGUCGUCCUUCCCACCGCAACCGCCGCUCGAAGAAGGCGUUCCAUACCCAGGCAUCACUCAAGACUUGUCGGUUGCCGUGGUAUGCGGCGACAUCAACGGCGUGCUUGAGUUGAAGCGAGGUUACAAAAAACUCCAGGAACGCGUGAAACUUCCGAGCGGUGAAAGUGUGACGCCGAGUAAGUUCGAAAGCGAUGCCGGGCGUGGCUCCGCGAAGAAGUGGAGGCUCAGCCUGCGCGUGCUUCUCCCAAAUGGGAAAAGGGGUGAAACUGUGGGCGAGUGGAUCGACAGACAUGGUGCGCACCCGAAAGGUUUAGUCAUAGGAGGGGAGAAGGAUGAAAAGGCGACUAUGAAGGAGUCGAAGGCACCGACGAGAUCGGCGUUUGAAAUACAGUUGGAUGCUUUGUUAGAUGCGCAAGGGGAAAUUGAGAUACGUAGCACUGCUAAAUUUGUGCGACUGAUGCGGGAGACGACGAAGUCACAGGAGCGCGCUCUCUUGCUUCAGGUCAUCCGAGGUACGAAGAGCAAGACCGUAUUGCGUACUCUUGGUCAGUCGGAAGAGGUUCAAGGUCUGAACGUGCUCCAGGAUUGGAUGGAGGACGCAAAAAGGAAGUUUCAAUCAACUCUUUUAGUGAGCGUUCUUAGAACGCUGAAGAUGAUUCCAGUCAAUCUGGAGUCUCUGACGCGCACGACGAUCGGCGCGAAGCUUAGCAAGCUCAAGUCUUACGCGGUGCCCGUAGGAGAGAAGGAGCAUGGAAAUACAGAAAUGAACACCAAGGUAGUCUUGUUGUCAAAAUCGGUGAAGAAUACGUGGAAAGAGCAAAUCACUGCGCCACACGCGUACGCCAAGCCGCAGCCUCAGGCGGUGCCGGUGGCGAAACACGACGCGAUGCCGGUAGCUCCCACUGCUUCCGCAUCAAAAGCAGUCGAACUUAAGGAUGAUGAUCUCUUCGGCGGUGCGAAGAAGACUGCGCCGACCAAGACGACGGUGGUGAAGAUGGUGACGAAGAUCACGACCGAGCGCAAGGUUGCGGCGCCGAGUGUUGCGGUAAACACGAAGAAGCCGAGCGUGAGCGUGAACGAUUUGUUGAAAAAGUCGACGAAGGUCACCGUUCCCGUCACGAAGGAGCCUCCGAAGGAGCCCGCAAAGGAUGACAAGAAGGAGGACGAAUCCGGGAAGAAGCGCAAACGUAAGAGCGUCACCUGGGCCUCGGACGAUAAGCUCGAGCAGGUUCGUGUGUUCGAGAAGGACGCCAAACGACCGAAGGAGGUCGCAUUCCCAGAUCCAGUGAGGGAUGGAGACGGCACGGAUGCCGAGAGCAGAAGAGCGCUGGAGAUGCGAGACAAGGAAGUUGAGGCGGAGAGAAAGGCGGCGGCGAAACAGCAUCAGCGGCGCAUGGAUGAGAUGCGUGCGACGGUCAGUUGGCGACCGCCGAGGCGUAUUCCGCCCACGGCCGAGGCCAUUACCCCUGGCUCAGAGUCCGAGGAGUUCGAGAGAAUGCUCCGGGUCGAGGCUGAGAAACCGAGCGUGAAGUACAAGAACUCCAAGGCCAUCCCGGAUAGUCCCGCGGAGGCGCCGAAUGAAGACGAUCAACUCGAUCUCGACAACACGCCCGCGUUCUUCAUGGAAUUUCAGGAGGAAGAGUUGCCGCAGCAAGUGUCUUCGGAGAUGCGCUCACCGGUACCGGCGCCGCCACCGAAUCCCAUGGUCGGCGGACCGCUGCCGGCGAACAUCGAUUUCGCCGCGCUGAGCUCGCUCAUCGCGUCCGUGCAGCAAGGCGCCGGUGCGCCUCCCGCACCGUUCGUCCCGCCCGCCGCUCCGUACCGGCAUCAGCCCCCGCCACCACCGACGCACUACGCGCCCCAGCAGCCGUACCAACCCGGCCUGGUCCAACCUCCGCAGGUUCUCGCCAAGCAAGCCACCGUCGGCGGCGCCCCGGUUCCGGUGCAAAACGCCUUCAACCACAACGGUAAAACAUACCGCGGCGUCUGCGCCUUCUUCAACACCCCUCGUGGGUGUUCAUGGGGCGACAAGUGUGGAUACCUCCACGAGGUCGGCGUGACGCCGCCCCCGCAGUGA